ACCUUCCCUGUGAAGGGAAUAGUGCCAUAUAGAAACUUAUGGGACAUGAUGGUCCCUCAAGAGGUGAUGGAUCCUUUCAGAGUUUUAGAGCAAAGCCCAAUUACUGUUCUCAAAGGUGUACAAGGGUUGGCUCUUGCGAAGGCAGACUGGAAAGAGAACCCUCUCUCUCAUGUCUUCGCUCUAGAUGUACCGGGGAUCAGCAAAGAGGACAUAAAAAUUGAGGUCGAAGACAACCGUCUUAGAAUAAGUGGAGAGAGAAAGGCCGAAGAAGAGAGAGAAAGUGAUAAAUGGCACAGGGCUGAGAGGACGGUGGGCAAGUUUUGGAGGCAAUUCAGGCUUCCAUUGAGUGUGGACAUGGACUCCAUUAAAGCCCACCUUGCUAAUGGGGUCCUCAGAAUAACUGUUCCCAAGCUCGCAGAGGAGAAGAAAAGGCAACCCAAGGUCAUCAACAUUGUGGAGGAGAGCAAGGGGAUGUGAGAGUUUGGGCUUUUCUAGAGAGAGAAAAGGCAUUCCAAAAAGCUUGUUGGUUGUUUUCAAGAGAGAUAAAAGUCAUUGGAGCAAAUUCUUGGUUUGGGUUGGUUUUUCAGAGAGAGAAAAUGUGAGAGUUCACGAGCAUGAAUCACCUAUUUAGUAUGUGUAAGUCUGCUGUUGG